UAUUUUCUGAGUCCAGUGUUUGGUUUAGCUAGUUUGCAGGCUGUGUCAAAUUCAAGUGAAUAGGCUGGGGCUUGACACUAAUUUGGCCAUAACAGCUCCGGCCUAAAACUUCAAAGGAGGGACAUUUUAAUGAUACUUACCGUCGCCAAAUGAUAAAGUAAUGCAUCCCUGGUUUAGUCAGAACAGGGAGUUCCGCACUUUCACAAAUUGAUGCACUGUAAGGUGAUUGCUAGCUAGCUAACGUUACCCGCAAGCUCCCUCCAUCUCGUCGGUGUUUCGGUCACAGCACCUCUGCUCUGUUGCUGUUUUUACAACUUCAAAACAGGUCUUGCGGAUUUUGGUUUUAAGAGCUACAAUGGGGGCGUUUUUGGACAAGCCAAAGAUGGAGAAGCACAAUGCUCAUGGUGAGGGGAACAGUCUGACCUAUGGCCUGAGCAGCAUGCAGGGCUGGAGGGUGGAGAUGGAGGAUGCGCACACGGCAGUCAUUGGCAUGCCUCAUGGGCUCGACCCUUGGUCCUUCUUUGCUGUCUAUGAUGGGCAUGCUGGCUCCCAGGUGGCCAAAUACUGCUGUGAGCACCUGCUGGAGCACAUCACCAGCAACCCAGACUUCCAGAGCGGUCUGGAGCCCAACGUAGAGAGUGUGAAGACCGGCAUCCGCACAGGUUUCCUGCAGAUUGACGAGCACAUGCGGAACAUCUCAGAGAAGAAGCACGGUGUGGACCGCAGUGGCUCAACUGCGGUGGGGGUCAUGAUUUCCCCAGGCCACAUCUACUUCAUCAACUGUGGAGACUCCCGGGGUCUUCUGAGCCGUGGAGGAGCUGUGCACUUCUUCACACAGGACCACAAGCCCAGCAACCCACUGGAGAAGGAGAGGAUUCAAAACGCCGGCGGCUCUGUCAUGAUCCAGAGAGUGAACGGCUCUCUGGCCGUGUCCCGGGCCCUGGGAGACUUCGACUACAAGUGUGUGCAUGGCAAGGGCCCCACGGAGCAGCUGGUUUCACCAGAGCCUGAGGUGUAUGCCAUUGAAAGGUCUGAGGUGGAAGAUGAGUUUAUUGUCCUAGCCUGCGAUGGCAUCUGGGAUGUCAUGGCCAAUGAGGAACUGUGUGACUUUGUCAGGUCCAGGCUAGAGGUGACCGAUGACCUUGAGAGAGUCUGCAAUGAAAUUGUUGACACUUGCUUGUACAAGGGGAGUCGGGACAAUAUGAGCGUUGUGCUGAUCUGCCUCCCAGGGGCUCCAAAGGUGACUGCAGAUGCCGUGAAAAGGGAAGCAGAGCUGGAUAAGUUCCUGGAGAGCAGAGUAGAAGAGAUCAUAAAGAAGCAGGGAAACGAAGGGGUUCCAGACUUGGUCCACGUGAUGCGGACGUUGGCAUCAGAGAGCAUCCCUAACCUCCCUCCUGGAGGUGAACUGGCCAGCAAGCGAAACGUUGUUGAAGCAGUGUACAACAAACUCAACCCAUACCGAAGUGAUGACACAGACUCAGCGUCCACAGACGACAUGUGGUAACACAACCCCUACCACUAACACAGCACAGAGUUUACAACCCGCUACCCUCUCAAGACCCACAGCAGCUCCGUUCAGCAGUCUGUCUCCCCACUACUCUGAGCGUUACAUUUUUAAGAAGGGAAUAUGAUGGGAGGACGAGGAGAUGCAAACAGACCUCUACACCCCGGAUUGUGCAGCACCAGUCCGCUCUGAAGUUUAGGAUUCCCUCCAUUUUGUCUCACCUUUUAUUCCCCCCCUAACAUUACCCAUAACUAGCGAGUCCAGCAGGUUCUUAAAAAAACAAACAGCUGAAACAAUUAAUUUUUUUGCUGUAAUUAGUUUGAUUCACAUUUCCUUGUGUGUUUUGUAUAUUUCUGUUUUUGUGAAGUGCAAUUGUCGUGUACAAACAGCCUGUAUUUAAUGCAGCUUGAGUUCAAGUAAAACAAGGAAAGAAGUGAGAAAGAGAACCUUUUAUGCACUAUCUGCCUUUUUCCUGCUCUUCUGGAGUUCCAACAAAUGUCUAUUCAGUGAAUAUUACUGUUUGUCCUCCAGGUGAUAUUAUCCUCCUGCUCUUGUUAUUUUUUAGUUUAAGUCUUUGCUCAUUAAAGAAACGGGUAAAUUGUA